UAUGCACAGCCACACAUAUUUAUAUAUAUAUAUCUGUAUCAGUGGCAUUAAUUUUUUCACAAAUCAAACAAACAUAAAAGUAUGAAUGGUAAUAAUACGAACCCAUCUGUCGCCCAAAAUUACACCUGGAACAACAUCGUCAUGAACAACAAGAGUGAUCAUCACCAUCACAACGAUCCGAUUGGUAUGGCGGCCAUGGACCAACACCCUCAACUCCGCAUCUUCAAUCCUUUCACUUCUUCUCAUCUCCCUCCUCUCUCUUCUUCCCUCUCAGCCACCACGUUCUUCUCCGAGGAUCAAGAAGAAGAAGAAGAGCCUGUAGAGAAACUCAGUGCCAUGAAAGAGAUGAUGUACAAGGUCGCAGCCAUGCAGCCCGUCGACAUCGAUCCAGAAACCGUCAAGAUACCCAAACGGCGUAACGUUAGAAUCUCCGACGACCCUCAAACCGUGGCGGCUAGACACCGCCGUGAGAGAAUCAGCGAGAGGAUCAGAAUCCUCCAGAGACUCGUCCCAGGCGGCACCAAGAUGGAUACAGCUUCAAUGCUGGACGAAGCCAUACGCUACAUCAAGUUCUUGAAACGGCAGAUAAGGCUUCUCGAUAAUCCUCCACCGCCGCAAGAUCAAGAUUCUCAGGCGAUGACCACGUCAUGGUUUUCGCAGCUACCACCGCCAGAUUUCGGCAGUGGUGCAGGAGGAAGUGAUUGGUGUAAAACAGGUGAAAAUUCCAUUAAUAGUAACUAAACCUAUGUUAUAAAACACAAACUGUGAGUUAUGGUUCAAUUAUGGAAAGCGUUUAUACAUAAAAAUGGACACGAAGUAAGAGUUUGUUAGGAUAAAUAAAUUGUUGUUUGACCGAG